UCUUCAGACUCCUGCUGUGACAGAUCAAAGCCUCCAGGUCUCAUUCAUCUCAGCCUCAUGGAGAUCUCCGGGAUACUCCACUCCCUGCUCUUGCUCCUCCUUCUCUCUGUCCUCUGUGGCGGUGAGGCGUCUCCUGAAGUAUCCUCAGAGGACCCUGAUGCUGCACCAGACAGAGACCUGGUUGAUGCUGUGGAGGCUCUGCUGUCCAGGAUUCACUCUCGAGUUUCCUCCACCGAGAAGAGAGGAAGCAUCCCACUGUGUGGGAUGGGCGAUCGUUGUGCGAUGAAGUUUGGGCCUCGUAUCGGGAAGUUGUGUGACUGCGGCCGAGGAGCGAACUGUAACUCGUACUUGCUGAAAUGUCUCUGAGGAUCUUCACAAACACUGUGUGUUCAUUUGUGUGUGUUAAUGUGUGUGUAUGUGUGUGUGUUCAUGUGUGUGUAUGUUCAGUCUGAGGACGAACAUGAGUCGGUCAGUUGUCCUUGCAGCAUGUUUCUGUGGAAAUGUUAAUCAAACACAUUCCUCUUCACGUCUGUCACCGACUGAAUUUAUUGUAUUUAUUCUUCAUGCCUGUUUUGUUUGAUUUGUGUUUAACUUGAAAAAUGUUUGUGAAUUGUUCUGGACUCUUGCAGCUUUUAAUGGAGUCAGAAGCUUUUAUUUUUUUCUUCUAGCUGCUGUCAUGUCUGAUUAUUGAGAAUUAAAUCAACAUUAAAGAACAAACAAUCCUUAAAAAGAAACUUUAAAAAUGUGGUGAAAUCUGAAUCUGUAAUAAAGCAUGCUGUAAGAGA